AUGCCAGAACCUGGGGUUCGAAUCAAAGGUUCUGUGUGCUUCUGCUAUGGUUCUGGUGAUACCUGCACAUUCUUCUUUGAAGGUAUUGCAAGCCAAAUCGCUUCUUCGGGGUAUGCUGUCUAUGCCGUGGAUCACCCAGGUUUUGGUCUCUCUGAAGGAUUGCAUGGUUACAUUCAGAACUUUGAUGACUUAGUAGACAAUGCCUACGAAAUUUUUGCCAAGAUUGAAGGAAGACCUGAGGUGAGAGGUUUGCCCAGCAUCAUAUUGGGCCAGUCCAUGGGUGGAGCUGUUACUCUCAAACUUCAUCUGGAAGAUCCAAGUGAAUGGGAUGGUGUCAUCCUUGUAGCCUCCAUGUGUAGAAUCUCAGAUGAAGUCAGGCCUCCUGCGCCAGUUUUGAAGGUAUUGACCUGCAUGGCUAAAUUCUUACCCAAGGCAAAGCUUAUGCCAGAGAGUGAUUUAGCAGAACUUGCUUUCAGGGACCCAGCGAAAAGAAAAAUGCUCUAUGAAGGUGGGUUUCACUCCAUCCUUGAAGGAGAACCUGAUGACAGGAUCUUUGCCGUCUUUGAUGAUAUCAUAACGUGGCUCGAUUCCAGGUCUUCUUCAGCUUGA